GGUUGCGGAGGUCGGGGAUUUUUCGGUUCGCGCUCCUGUUCGUCUUGAGGGAGGGGGGCGAAGGGGAUGAUGAGAGGGGAAGUGCAGCUCGAGCCGCCCGGAGUGCAGCACGCGAGCGACACCGAUCCCCUGCUGAAGAGCGAGGCGGAUUCGACCACCCCCGGGAGCACCAGCGAGAUUAGAGACGAUCGGGAUCGUGAGGAUGAUGAGGAUGAUGACGAUGAUAUCGAGGCCGGGUCGGUCCCUUGUUGCCGCAUUUGUCUGGAGAGCGAGUGUGAACCAGAGGAUGAAUUAAUCUCUCCUUGCAUGUGCAAAGGCACUCAACAGUUUGUCCAUCGUUGUUGUCUUGAUCAUUGGCGCUCAGUUAAGGAGGGGUUUGCCUUUUCACAUUGCACCACUUGCAAAGCGCAGUUUCACCUUCGAGUUGCAUUGUUUGAGGACAAUACCUGGCGAAAAAUUAAAUUCAGACUCUUUGUGGCUAGAGAUGUCUUCCUUGUUUUCUUGGCAGUGCAAACUGUAAUUUCCAUGAUUGGUGGCUUUGCCUACAUAAUGGACAAAGAUGGGUCCUUUAGGAACUCGUUUAGUGAUGGGUGGGAUCGCAUACUGUCCAAGCAUCCCAUUCCAUUCUACUACUGUAUAGGAGUACUGGCAUUUUUCGUGCUGCUUGGAUUCUUUGGACUUAUAUUGCAUUGCUCCUCCCUAAAUGGCAAUGAUCCAAGGAUGGCGGGGUGCCAGAACUGCUGUUAUGGGUGGGGCAUCUUGGACUGCUUUCCAGCAUCUAUGGAAGCUUGCUUUGCUCUUGUUAUCGUAUUUGUCGUCAUCUUUGCGAUCCUUGGCAUUGCCUAUGGUUUCCUGGCGGCGACCAUGGCCAUCCAAAGGAUCUGGCAGAGACAUUACCAUAUCCUUACAAAGAGGGAACUCACUAAGGAGUACGUAGUGGAAGAUCUUCGAGGCUGUUAUUCCCCUCCAAAGCUGGAUCCAGAACAUGAAGAGCGGCUACGAAUUCUAAAGCUCUUGUAAUUUGUGCAAAUAUGACUUGCAAAUAAGCAUGCGGAGUGAGCUUUAUAAUGCUUUUGCGGACUUCCUAUAUAAUGGAAUCCCUUUCUAAUCUAUUGUCACACCAAUGAUUGUCCUAUCGUUUUCAUUGUACACAUGUUGGCCCUUGUCAGAUGUCCUCAAGGAGGCAGCAGCAAUUAGUACAUGACAGCAGAAGAGCUCUAGUCAUACUAUUUCUCUAAUCGAUGGAUGAACUUUUUGUGUUA